UUGGUUUUCCUGGGUUGGCCAAAAAUUGUCAAACCUUGCCAAUUUUUUAGUUAUAAUUAGAGUUGGUCCGAUACCUGUUUGUGUAGAACUUUCUCGGGGAAAAGUGUUGUCAGUUAUGAACUUUCUGGGACGAGAUUUUGGACGAUUCAUGGUUAUGGAAAUCCUAAAAAUCAUUGUCAGAUGAGGCCGGAGAAUCGUGGUCAAUUAUCUUUACCUCCUUCCACAAUACAAUUUCAAUGUCCGCCACGUCCAAAUCAUGGAACUGAAGGGCGUCCAAUUCUUUUGCGUGCUAAUCACUUCAAAGUUACUAAUUCUGGUGGUUAUGUCCAUUUUUAUGCUGUUGAAAUUCAACCAGACAAAUGCCCUCGUAAAGUCAACAGAGAAAUAAUAAAUACAAUGGUUGAUUCAUGUAAAUUAUUUAAUAAUUUCAAACCUGUAUAUGAUGGAAAAAAGAAUUUAUAUACAAAAGAAGCUUUGCCUUUUGGACAAGAAAGAGUUGAAUUGGAUGUUGUUAUGCCUGGUGAUUCUGCUGUUGAUAGAAAAUUUAGAGUUGCUUUAAAGUUAGUAAGCCGUGUUUCUUUACAAGCUUUGGAAGAUGCGAUGGCUGGCCGUAUUAGACAAAUCCCACCAGAAUCAGUGCAAGCAAUGGAUGUCAUUCUUCGACAUCUUCCAAGCAUGAAAUAUACUCCAGUUGGUCGUUCAUUUUUCUCCUCACCUCCGGUAGCUUUAGGCGCUCAACACAUUACCGUUUCUGGUGGUCCUGGAGGCGGUGGAGGUGGCGGAGGAGGAGGUGGAGGUCCUCAAGGUGUUGAUAAACUUGGUGGACUUGGUGGUGGAAGAGAAGUUUGGUUUGGAUUUCACCAAAGUGUACGCCCAAGCCAGUGGAAAAUGAUGCUCAAUAUUGACGUUUCUGCAACUGCCUUUUAUCGUAAAAUGCCUGUGAUAAAUUUUAUGGCUGAAGUUUUGGAAUUACCAAUGCAGGCACUUAAUGAUAGAAGAAAUUUAUCUGAUCCUCAACGUGUUAAAUUUACAAAAGAAAUAAGAGGACUUAAAAUUGAAAUUACUCAUUGUGGACAAAUGAGAAGAAAAUAUCGUGUUUGUAAUGUUACUAGAAAACCAGCUCAAUCACAAACAUUCCCUUUAUUACUUGAAAAUGGUUUAUCUAUUGACUGUACUGUUCUCAAAUAUUUUAAUGACAAAUAUCACAUGCAAUUAAAAUAUCCACAUCUUCCUUGUUUACAAGUUGGCCAAGAACAAAAACAUACUUAUUUACCUUUGGAAGUUUGUGAAAUUGUUUCUGGACAGAGAUGUAUUAAAAAAUUGUCUGAUACUCAAACGUCUACAAUGAUUAAGGUCACAGCACGUAAUGCUCCAGAUAGAGAAAAGGAAAUUUCUGCACUUGUUAGACGUGCUGAAAUUGUUCAUGAUCCUUUUGCUCAAGAAUUUGGAAUUUCAAUUAAUUCUACUAUGACAGAAGUUAAAGGACGUGUUUUAAAUGCCCCAAAACUUUUGUAUGGAGGAAGAACAAAAGCUACAGCAUUACCAAAUCAAGGAGUUUGGGAUAUGCGAGGAAAACAAUUUCAUACAGGUAUUGAAGUUAAGACUUGGGCAAUUGCUUGUUUUGCACAACAAAAUCAUGUUAAAGAAAAUGAUCUCAGAAAUUUCACUGGCCAUUUACAAAAAAUAUCCGCAGAUGCAGGAAUGCCAAUUCAAGGUCAACCCUGUUUUUGCAAAUAUGCUGUAGGUGUUGAUCAAGUCGAACCAAUGUUUAAAUACUUGAAACAAAAUUUUCCUGGAUUACAAUUAGUUUGUGUUGUACUUCCUGGCAAAACUCCUGUUUAUGCUGAAGUUAAACGUGUUGGAGACACAGUUUUGGGUAUAGCUACUCAAUGUGUUCAGGCAAAAAAUGUUACAAAAACAACUCCACAAACUCUUUCAAAUUUAUGCCUAAAAAUGAAUGUUAAACUUGGUGGUGUUAACAGUAUUUUACUUCCUGCCGUCCGUCCACGUAUCUUUAACGAACCAAUAAUUUUUCUUGGUGCUGACAUAACACAUCCACCUGCAGGGGAUUCUCGUAAGCCUUCAAUUGCUGGUGUUGUUGGAAGUAUGGAUGCACAUCCUUCACGUUAUGCUGCAACAGUUAGAGUACAACAACACAGACAUGAAAUAAUUUCUGAACUUACAUUUAUGGUUAGAGAGCUGUUAAUUCAAUUUUAUCGAAAUACUCGGUUUAAACCUACUAGAAUUAUUGUUUAUCGUGAUGGUGUUAGUGAAGGACAAUUUCUUAAUGUUCUUCAAAGUGAACUUCGUUCAAUGCGUGAAGCUUGUAUGAUGCUUGAAAGAGGUUAUCAACCAGGAAUAACAUUUAUUGCUUUACAAAAACGUCAUCAUACAAGACUUUUUGCUGUUGAUAAAAAGGAUCAAGUCGGCAAAGCUUUCAAUAUCCCGCCCGGUACAACUGUUGAUGUUGGUAUUACACAUCCAACAGAAUUUGAUUUUUAUUUGUGUUCUCAUGCUGGAAUUCAGGGAACUUCACGUCCUUCACAUUAUCAUGUUCUCUGGGAUGACAAUAAUCUUUCUGCCGAUGAACUUCAACAACUUACUUAUCAACUUUGCCAUACUUAUGUUCGUUGUACACGCUCAGUUUCUGUACCGGCGCCUGCUUAUUAUGCUCAUUUGGUUGCUUUUAGAGCUCGUUAUCAUUUGGUUGAUAGAGAACAUGACAGCGGUGAAGGAAGUCAACCUUCUGGAACUAGUGAAGAUACAACUUUGAGUAAUAUGGCUAGAGCUGUACAGGUUCAUCCUGAUGCUAAUUCGGUGAUGUACUUUGCUUGACACUCAAAAAUUUGUCAAAAAUUUUUAAAAGGAUGAGGUUUUUUUUGAUUGACACAACAGACACUCUCAAUAUGGACAACAACCAACAGCAACAUUCAGUUUGUUUUUUUUUUGAGGGAAGUAUUUU